CAGACACAAGGUGAACAGAGGUGCAGUACUGUGACUACGCACACAAAUAUUAUCAUCCAAUAAGAGACCCUCCAAUUUGUCAUAGUGUUUAAAGAUGCCUUUAGGUAAUGGGAAGAGUGACAUGGAGCGUCUGGGAGUAUUUAAGGAGAUGAGCUACAUUUCUGUAGGAGACAAAUAUACUCCACUCAGCAGCCGUCCAUUCAAUGAGGCAGCAUACCAGAGCCGCCAGAUGCAAGCAGGUUUCGCAAAACAAAGAUGUGCAUUGCAGAACGGCUUUUUUGAGAAGUCCUUUAAGCGGAUUUUUGAACAUGAGGCACUGAGUGACCCGCUGAGACAGGCCAGACAGAACCACAUCCAGCAGGCCAAGAAGAAUCUGGGAAAGGCUUUCCUGCCCUCUAAUGGAGUCAAAAAGCCGUGUGGUUCAGGUACUUACUAUGGGACUUUGUCAGGACCUGUUGAAGCUAUGAGUCCACUGUCAGUUACCGAGAAAACUCAUCACUCACCUGGCCGCAACAUCAUCACCUCACCCCCGAAGAGAGGCAGUGGUUACAGCUAUCCAAAUUUAACCUUGUCCAAAAUUGAGCUAUAUGCCUCGGAUCCAUACGGCAGAAGCAAAGAAGUACUUAAGAAGGAGGCAGCGAUUCAUCGUGCCAAAUUAAGAAAUGGCCCCUUCAAAUUCAACCUUCACCCCAGGGAUUAUUUCCAAGACAAUCCAUACCAUAGUGACAAGCCACUCCCACCUCCACAUAAGCCCCUCCCACCAGCAAAGAACACCUCUACAGCCCCCUUCAAGCCAUCAUCCCCCAGCAAACGGACUGGAGGAAUGAAAGCGGGGACAUUUGACUCUUACCCCUCACACUCUGCUAAUUCAUAUGUCAUUCGUCGGUCCAAACUGGCCAGUCAACAGCCAAUCUUCCGGCCUGUUCCUGGCCCUAAGAGCACACCUGUGAAGAGUAUCAUCACUGUCAAUGUUAACAGGAGUGUGCACUCUGCAAAGUAUCCUACCACCAUCCCAUCAGCUGUGAUGAGUUUCUGACAACAUUGGUGCACGAUGGGCUGAUAUUUCACCUGCCGUGUGCUGUGAAUGAAGAGAUUCCAACAGAUAUUACACUUUUAUAAAGAUCCUAUUCCACUUUGAGGCCAUCAUUAGUGGUUUUAGCUGUGUACUGUCGCUUCUUACAUUUCCUAGUUUGCAUUUGUCCUUAGUCAGCGUAUGUAUCAGAUGUAAUACAAAGUAGAAAACUCAAACAAAAAGGAUUGGGCUUAUUCUUGUUUUUGACAUUUGUUCCAAAUGAAAGAAUAAAAACAGUAAUAUAGAUGUAAAUGCUGGGAAUGGCUUGCCAGGUGGACAAUUCUCUAUGUGCUAGGGGUUAGAAGUUUUCAGCACUGGAGUAAGAUGUCAUCUAAGGAUUUGCCUACAGUCAUAGGCCAGCGAGCAAGACGAUAUGUAGAAGUUCAGAGUUAGGGUUUAUGCCAGAGGCCUGUAUCACAAAGCAGGAUUACGGAUUUAGCGAGGUAACUUCAGGGUUAACUCCAGGUUUCCGGUAUCACGAAGCUGGAUUCAUUCUUAUCUAGCUACAUUACCAUGGUAAUUUACUCUGAACGGCAAACCUGCUUCAGUUCAGGGAUUCAAGAUUUAUCUGAAUCGGAUAAAAGGCUCCACCCACCGGCCAAUCAGCUGUUCGGGAAAGAAUCACGUGCCCUUUCAUUGAAGACCCAAUUGAGAUUGGAGGCCAAAUCGCGAGAGCGUUACAGCGUGAACGCAUCUACCAGGAGAUAAUCACAAAAGAAUAUAUUUUAGCUAUUUGCCCCCGCUAAACUCAAACACAGCUUAAAAUAAGGAUAAUUUCAUUCAGGCCAAAA